AUGUCUUUAAAGUGGAAUUUCGCUGCAUCACACUCAACCGUAGCAAAACUUGUAACCAUACAAUUUCUAUUAUUACUCUUCAUAAAUCAAUGUCAUAGUAUUAGUUUCAGUGAUUUGUUAAAGUAUUUUUCCUCUUCUAAAUGUGGUUACGAGUCAUGUGAAACUGGAAAAUCAGGAUAUCUUAAUGUUCAUCUAGUACCGCAUACUCAUGAUGAUGUUGGCUGGUUGAAAACAGUCGAUCAAUAUUAUUACGGCACGAACAACACGAUUCAACAAGCUGGCGUUCAAUACAUCUUAGACAGUGUUGUUUCCGCUUUAGCGCAUAAUCCAAAACGUCGCUUUACCUAUGUUGAAAUAGUGUAUUUUUACCAGUGGUGGAUGGUACAGUCGAAAGAAAUACAACAUUUAGUCAAAGAUUCAGUCGAAACAGGACGACUACAAUUCGCUUCCGGCGGUUGGAGUAUGGCUGAUGAAGCGACAGUAUAUUACACUGAUGCAAUUGACCAGUUGACACUUGGACUUGCUUGGCAAAUUGAUCCAUUUGGACAUGCACGUGAUCAUUCAGAUUUAUUUCAAGACGCCGGUUUCGAUGCUGUCUACUUUCAACGUAUGGAUUUUCGUGAGAAAGAAAAACGAAAACAACUGAAAGAAUUGGAAAUUCUAUGGCAUACUACUUCUAAUGAGAAAAGUACUAAUGUAUAUGAGAAAACAAUAACUAACACUAAAUUGUAUGAUAAUCCAUCGAUUCAAGAAUAUAAUGUUGAUAGUAUUGUUAAAAAAUUCCAAACAUACAUUCAUCAUCUAUCGAAGUCUUUCAAGACAAACCAUAUAAUGGUUCUAAUGGGUUGUGAUUUUACAUAUGAAAACGCUCAUAUUAAUUACAAUAAUAUGGAUAAGUUAAUUAAAUAUGUUAAUGCAGCACAAGAGUAUGGUAGCAAAAUCAAUCUACUCUAUUCUACACCAGCAUGUUAUACAAAAGCAGUAAAUGAAGAAUUUAAUCGUAUAGGUACAAUCAAUCAUCGUAGUGGUGACUUCUUUCCAUAUGCUAGUGGCCAAUUUACAUACUGGACAGGUUAUUAUACUAGUCGACCAUCAUUGAAGUAUUAUGUACGUCAAGCAUCAAACUUAUUAUCAAUGUGUGAGCACAUUCAUUUAUUUGCAAACCGUAUUCCAAACAAAUUGACGAAUAAAACUAAUCAAUAUGAUAACGAAGAACGAAUUGAUAAUUUGCGUAAAAUUCUUGGUAUAUUACAACAUCAUGAUGCUGUAACUGGUACAGCUAAACAACAUGUAACUAAUGACUAUACUUUACGUUUAUACACUGGGUCAAAUUCAUGUCAAAAUUUAAUUGGAAAUUCAUACAUAAAACUGUUACCCAACCUGAAAUUCAAAUCUCAUUCAGGCUUGACAUUUUGUGAUUUAUUAAACAUUAGUUUAUGUAAUGCAACCGAAAACUACCAACCAGUGUACACUAAUGACGUUGAUGAUGGUGUUUUCAUUCUACUGUAUAAUUCAUUAGGCUGGGAACAGUCAAGUACGUGGAUUCGUUUCCCCAUUUACAUUCCGGAUAGUUCCGAUGAUGGAGGUUUGUUAAAUAAAUUUCAAAUUAUUUUAAAAGAUCUACGCAACAGUUUGAAAUCACAUCAAUCAUUACCAUAUCAACUGAAUUUCAUCAGUCAAAGAACACUUCAAAUACCUGAACGAAUGUCUUCUCAACAUCGAGCAAAUUAUGAAGUAUUAUUCAAUGCGAAAAACGUAUCACCAGUUGGCUUAAAUAUAUUUCAUUUUACAAUCAAUCGUACGUCCUCACCAUCAGUAUCAACAUCUUCGACGAAACAAAAUCCUACUGUUCAUACGCAAACUAUUAAUUUCAAACAAUACUAUGAUCAAGUUGGUAAUUUCACACAAAUUAUAAUGAAGCAUGUUAAAAGUGGUAUUGAGAUAAAUUUGAAAAUUGAACUAUUGUACUAUGAAGGUGAAACAGAAAGACCGCAACCAUCUGGUGCAUAUGUUUUCUUACCGAAACGUGAAUCACAUGCGAAAGAGUUUACGUCAGUUCGUGGAAACUUAAGUUAUCGAAUUUUAUGCUUGUUUAUCCGAAAAAUUCCAUAAUGGUGAAGUUGAUUAUUUCAGUCAACAUCUGAC